AUGGACGAAAGUGCAAUCUACAAUGAUCCAAAGAAUCCGCUGCUGAGUCUGACCGGGGAUGCCAAUUCGGGAGUUUCGCCACUCGAGCAAGAAGUGCUGGAUGAAUAUGAGCGACUGCUGAAUAACAUGAACGAGCUAUCGUCAACUCUCGCCAGUCUCUCUAGUGGUCCAAUGACACUGGAAAUCGCCGAGGGCCUGAGGCUGCUGGAGCGGAAGGUCGCCAGUGUCUACACGUUGAUGAAAGCCAGUGUCUACAGCAUUGUGUUGCAACAGGGUCAAUUGGAGGGCGAUGAUGGCAGUGCUUUUACCGGAGAUAGCAAUAGCCAGCCUUGA